CAGCCCAGCGUCCGCGGGCAGACUCCAAGCGGGCGUAGGAAGCGGUCAUGUCUCGCUACACGAGGCCUCCCAACACCUCCCUGUUCGUCCGAAACGUGGCCGACGCCACCAGGCCUGAGGACUUGCGCCGUGAGUUUGGUCGCUAUGGCCCUAUAGUAGACGUUUACAUUCCACUUGACUUCUACACUCGCCGCCCAAGAGGAUUUGCUUAUGUUCAAUAUCCUUUAUUUUAUUUCAUAUUUGAAGAUGUUCGAGAUGCUGAAGAUGCUCUAUAUAAUCUCAAUAGGAAGUGGGUAUGUGGCCGUCAAAUUGAAAUACAGUUUGCACAAGGUGAUCGCAAAACACCAGGCCAAAUGAAAUCAAAAGAACGUCAUCCUUGUUCUCCAACCGAUCAUAGGAGAUCAAGAAGCCCCAGCCAAAGGAGAACUAGAAGUAGAAGUUCUUCAUGGGGAAGAAACAGGAGGCGGUCGGAUAGCCUUAAAGAGUCUCGACACAGGAGAUUUUCUUACAGCCAUUCUAAAUCUCGUUCCAAAUCUCUACCAAGGCGGUCUACCUCAGCAAGGCAGUCAAGAACUCCAAGAAGGAAUUCUGGUUUUAGAGGACGGUCAAGGUCCAAGUCCUUACUAAAAAGGUCCAAGUCAAUAGGAAAAUCACAAUCAAGUUCACCUCAAAAGCAGACUAGCUCAGGAACAAAAUCAAGAUCGCAUGGAAGACAUUCUGACUCCAUAGCAAGAUCCCCAUGUAAAUCUCCCAAAGGGUAUACCAAUUCUGAAACUAAAGCACAAACAGCAAAACAUUCACAUUUUCGGUCACAUUCCAGAUCUCAGAGUUAUCGUCAUAAAAACAGUUGGUGAACAGCAACUGGAGUCUUUAAGUUAUGAAACUUCUCAUUAUGUUAAAUAAAAAUUCUUCAAGGCUUAUAAAAAAAUGUGAGUUGAUACUACUUGGGCAUGUGAAAAAAUAUCUGUAGUUUUGGAUUAAUAAAUAUUUCGUAUCAAUUUAAGGGCUCACACCACAAAUUAUGAUGUCUAAUGUCACCAUUCUAUGGACUUCUUCAAGUUAGAGCAGGAGGGUAUUUUCAAAAUAAAUGGGUAAAAUGGAGUCAAUUUAGAAAAUUUCACUAAGACAGUAAAUAUUGAUAAUACCUUUUAACCAAAAAUAUUUUUGACUACAGCACUUUUCAUUUAAAAAGUAAUAUGCAUAUAUAGCAGACUUAAACUGUUUGACACAUUGCUAGCUGUGUUGUUUAAGCUUAGGCCAAUUCCUAGUUGGUAGUUGAAAUUUAUAACACUCCAAAAUUCCAAAAAAUAGAAUUUAUGUAAGGAAUAAGUAUUCAAAAGAAAUUAUCUUUGAGCUCAAAGAUGAUUUCAUUUUUAUUGGAUAGAACAGUAUAGAUCAGUUGACAUGAAGUGAUAUAUCAUGUUCACUUAAAAGAUGAAAACACUUUAGAGAUGCUGGAUUUUGCAUGGUUUGGGACUGCUUCUCUAAAAAUUAUGGUAUUCAAAACUCACAAAUCCAAAAAUGUUCAUAUUAAGCCUUCUACAUUCAAAGAUUACAUUUUAUAUAAAAUAGUAUUUUAUACUAUUAUUUCUACAUACCUGUUUUCAUUUGCUUAAUUUUUCUUUUUAGAGCUCUAGCUCAGUACUCUAAAUUAUAUAGAAUGUCUUUUUUUAGACUAGUACCUUGUAUUAAUAAACUCAAAACUGCAUCUUCAAAAGACAGCUUUUCAGUAUUUGAACUUUUUUGCAGUCUUUUAGUUUUUACACUGCUCAUUUUUUAAACCAAACAACUUUGUUGGCAUUCAUUGCUUUUGUAGUGGUAACUGUGAAUUUCUUUUAAAAUGUGUUUGUAGUUUACAUUUUUCAGAGUUUUGUUAGAUUUGUGGUAAAAUGGUUUUGCAUAUUAUUAAAGGAGAUAUAUUUAUAGA